CUCGGCUUUGCUUCAACUGAGGAGGUCUUUACGUUUCUAAUUGCAAAUUACACACCCAGAAGAAGAAAGGUCCACCUCACACUGAGAAACCAGCCAACUUACAGGGCCAAAAACAGUUGGUGUUAUAUUCUGCCUCAAAAUACAGUCUAGUGAACUGUCUAGUUGUAUAUCAACUCAAGGAUUAUGGAGAGACUUUUUUCAUCUGUGACUAUAUUGACUAAAUAGAUCUACGAUGGUCAGUGGUUUGUUUGGCACCAUGAAGCUGCCUGGCCUCAACAUCAGAUGUCUUGAUCCAAUGGACGAGUAGACUAAACUGUCAUCACUGAACAUGGGAUUGAUGAGACUGAACCAAAUACAAAUGGCUUCGAACCGAUAGGAGGAUACCACACAAAUGGCUGUGAAUUUCUCAGAAUAUCCUUUUCUGAAGCAUUUUAAUUUAGCACAAGAGAUUUAAUGUCUUGUGUUGACUGCUGUGAUAUCGUCCAGCUGGAUCACUUACGGAUAUCUUCCUCAAUUCCAAGCGAAGAUGACUGAUCUGACCGAAAUAUCUUUAGACUCGGAAUCUGAUAUAUACAAGAACGUAUAUUGCAAUCCUGCCUUCGAGCCAGAGAAUGAGAGGGAGGAAACACAGCAAGAAUUCAAAACUCAUGUUUCCUCACCAGAGGUCAAUAAGACCCCUGAAACAAGUAAUGGGAUGCUGAGUCUUUGUGUGGUCCAGCUGAGAGGUCCCUGGUGUGGCUGGGGAACAGUGGUGGUACUGGCUGCAGCAUCACUUCUAGUGACAGCUUUGGGGCUUACUCUUAUUCUCAUUCUCACUCAACUAAAUGGACCCACUUCAGAACCUGGCCUGGUGACACCUUUAGACUCGUGGAGUGGAGAUGGCGUACCACACAACACCCCAUUAAGACCCACCACCUACUCCGUCACUCACAGCCCGAUGACAACUCUCACUGGGAAAGACCCCACCUCCCCUACCAAAUGCGGGGGUGUCUUGGCAGACCCUGGUGGCACUUUCAGCUCUCCCAACCACCCGGGCUCAUAUCCCCCCGAUUUGCUGUGUGUGUGGGUGAUCCGGGUGCCACCCCCAAGCCUCGUGCAGCUCCAUGUGUCAUCACUGGACAUCGAGGGGCCUUCACCCUGCCUGUUUGAUUGGCUGGAGAUUCGAGAGGAGACCGAGCAGACAUCCACUGUAACCAGGUUCUGUGGUAAUGUGGCCCCUCCCACAGUCAACACCAAUAGCAGCACAGUGUGGGUCAGCUUUCGGUCAGAUGGGAGCAUCACAAGAAAUGGUUUCAACGCCCAGUACCAUUCCAUUUUACCUGGCCAGAAGAGCUGUUCAAGGGAAGAGUUUAUGUGUGAUAAUGGUCGUUGUCUCCUGCCGGUGUCUGUUUGCGAUGGUCAACCAAACUGCCAGGACCAAACUGAUGAGGCGAACUGCAGUCACAAGCACAAAGAAUGUGGUGGCCAGAAGACUGGAUUGUCCGGCUCCUUCUCUAGUCCAAACCACCCCAAGCCCUACCCCCACCAACAGCUGUGCACCUGGCAUAUAUCUGUGGAGGAUGGGCAUGUCAUCAGGUUGAGUUUCCGUAACUUCAGCCUGGAAACGCAAGACGUCUGUGAGUUUGACUAUGUCGAGGUGCACGACAGUGCUGACACUGGGGACGACAGUGUUCUUGGCCGGUACUGUGGAUCAGGACUCCCUCCAGAUCUGACCUCCUCGGGGACCGUCAUGACUGUGGUGUUUGUGGCCGAUGAGGGCGUGGCAGACAGCGGCUUCUAUGCUUCCUACCAGGCCAUUCCUCUCUCAGAGAGGACCUGUAGCUCAGCUCAGUUUGCCUGUGGCAGUGGGGAGUGUCUGCACCCGGAGUGGCUGUGUGAUGGCUGGAACGACUGCGCUGAUGGAGCAGACGAGCUGGACUGUGCCAACUCCACUUAUCCCCCUAUCACGUCAUCCUGCGAGCCUAUACAGGUGCAGAUGUGCCAGGGUCUGUCCUAUAACCUCACCUCUUUCCCCAAUAUCUGGCUCUCCAUCGCCGACCAGAGGGAGGCUGCGGCCAUGCUGCAGCAGUACAGGGUGCUGAUGGAGCUAGCAUGCUUCGAGCCCUUGCGUAAGCUGGUGUGCGGCAUGUUCCUGCCCCAGUGCAGCCCCCGGGGCGGCGUGCUGCAGCCAUGUUGGUCGGUAUGCUCAGCGGCCGAGCAGCAGUGUGCCCAGGCCCUGGACCUCUUCUCCCUCAGCUGGCCCUUCAACUGCCACCUGCUGCCAGACUCGGACGAUCCCGUCGAGUGCUCUCGCCCCUGACCGAUGGGAACCACAACAUCAUGGCUCAUAUGACAGUCGGGACUUUUGUGCAUGGUGACUGUUUUAUUACCGAACUGUUCCAAGUGUUUGUGAUUCGGUGUUUGCUCAGUUGUGGAGCAGAUCAAAUAAAACAUCUGUUUUCACUUGCUGGACACAGGACUUUUGGGAGCAAAUGCCGCCCAGAAGGAUGAAGAAAGACACUUUUCCUCCAUUUGGCACAUAAAGAUUCAUGUUUUUCCAAGGCCACUGUUAAGAAAGCCUUCUAAGAGACCAGAGCUCUGCCUUCUUACACACUUAGAUGCCUUCCAAAAGAUCAGACUCUUGCCCUCAUACACAUUACAGAGUGCCAGUUGUCAUCUUUUGAGAAAAACAUCAACUACCUCUCCUGGAGUCACUGAACACCUCUUUCCAUAUCGUGGUGAAAAGGUGCUUCUUGCCAUAUCUGCGGACAUGCCUUCCAUGAACACACUGCCCCCGGUAUCACAUAUUUCAGUUACAACCAGUCUUCAAUGUUCACUGGUGUUUGCAUAAUGCCUCUGGUAGAGUGAUGAAGUACAAACAUGGACAAUCUAAACUUCACUUUUUUUUUUUUAAACAUUAAAGGAACCAUAGGCCUAUGUAAGAUUGUGGCCAAAACUGGUACUGC